AUGUCUCCGUCCCAUCAGCGAGAUCGGGAGAGGGAGAACGGAGGGACGGCUGCGCAACAGCGGGUUCAGCAGGCGGGGCGGUCUGGCGGACGACCGGCGGGAGGGAGCAGUAGUCACCACCACCACAGGGAGGAGCCGUCGAUGGUCGGGCAGUGGAGGAUGGGAAAGACGGUUGGAGAGGGAUCGUCCGGUCCGUCUUGGAGUCGGGUCAAGCUUGCGAAGCACAAGCUGACGGGGCAGUAUGCGGCAGUCAAGAUCGUACCGAAGCCGCGGAGGAAGGGCGACCAGGACAAGGUCGAGAAAGCCGACAAGAUGCUGCUCGGCAUUGAGCGGGAGAUCGUCAUCAUGAAGCUGAUCGAGCACCCGAAUGUCCUCCGCCUCCUCGACGUCUACGAGACCACCCACGAGCUCUACCUGAUCAUGGAGUACGUUGAAGGCGGCGAGCUGUUCGACUACCUCGUCCGCAAGAAGCGCCUCCACGCCGACGAAGCGCGACACUACUUCCAGCAAAUCAUCUCGGGCGUCGACUACUGCCACCGCUUCAACAUCUGCCACCGCGACCUCAAGCCUGAGAACCUCCUGCUCGACAAGGAGAAGAACAUCAAGAUCGCAGACUUUGGGAUGGCGGCGCUCGAGAGGGAGGGCAGGCUGCUCGAGACGAGUUGUGGCAGCCCGCACUAUGCCAGUCCCGAGAUUGUCGCGGGCGAGAACUACCAUGGCUCUUCGUCCGACAUCUGGUCCUGCGGCAUCAUCCUCUACGCGCUCCUCACAGGCGUCCUCCCCUUCGACCACGCCGACAUCCGCACGCUCCUCUCGCUCGUCAAGCGCGGAGAGUACUACAUGCCGCCCGAGCUGCCUCGCGACGCGCAGGACUUGAUUCGCCGUAUGCUUGUCGUUGACCCUGAGAAGCGCAUCCGGAUGGACGAGAUACGCGCUCACCCCUGGGUGACGCGCAAACCCCCUCGCCUGAUCUACGGCGUCCCUCCCCCCGCCCCUCCCGACGUGAACCAGAUCGCUCGCCCCGUUGGCUCCGUCGACGAGAUUGACCCCGAGAUCUUGGGCAACUUGAGGACGCUGUGGCAGGGCGCAGGCGAGCGGGAAAUCGUGCAGGAACUCCUUUCGCCCGAGAAAACAUGGGAGAAGGUCUUCUACUGCUUGUUGUACCGGUACCGGACGCGCAGUCUCGAGAACUACAACAUGGACGACGAGGAGAUCCGCAAGCCUCGCCGGACCGCAGGUGCUGAAGAACCUUGUACGCCACCUGCAGAGAAACGACAGCACGUCGUCGCCAGCGGUCCUGUCGCAACUCGCAACCGCCGCUCCCGCGGAUCCAUCUCCAACAUCGCCGCCGUCUCUCCUACCAAGCGGCCCAAAACAGGCUCGCCUCCUCCAGUCACUCGUCCUGCGCCUCCUCCUCCGGUCAUCCGCCCGGGACCCUCGUCGACCACCCCGUCGAGCUCGCCUGGUCCUCGUGGCCCGCGGCCGCUACCUUCGCCCUCAGCACACCUCGCAACUCCGCCCGUCUCUGCACGCGUACCGGCUAUCCAGCUGCAGGAAGCGACGCCCGACCACACCGCCAGUCCUUCUCUCGCGCCGCCCACUCCUGACGCACACAGUUCCGGAUGGGAAAGCAUGCCUCCCUCGCCUUCGCCCCAGGCUUCCGCCGCUUUCGAGACGUCUUCGUCGUCAUCGCGCCCUUCGUCAGGCGGAGCACCCGUCUUGCCCAUCAACAUCCCCCAAACGGGCGACGCAGCGAUGCAGCAGUUCUUCCACGACAUUGUCGGCCAACUCCAGACCAUCUCGCUCCGCAACUCGCUCCCGCCUUCCCCUGCUCCCUCAGCUGUCUCGCCUGCCGGGACAUAUGUCUCGAGCUUCCUUGACUCGGGCGCAUCGAACGUCUCGACCGCUCCAACGACGCCCGCUAUGACCUCGAACUCGCCGCAGGUCCAGCACAAGGCGGACGGCGAUGCGUCUCGUUUCGAGGACGCCGAGGACGACGAAAGCGACGUCGGGAUGGCGUACACUUCGCCUAUCAUCGGAGGACAAGGCGACUACGGUCUCGUCGGGAGCGUCCUCGCCGACAACCCGUACAGGGCUAGCACGCCCGCCUCCUCCGCUGGCUCGAGCUACCGCGCCGCCUCGCCCGUCCUCUCGAUUGGCGGAACGUCUUCCGUCCACCGCCGCUCGGCAGACGUCACGAGCGUCAUGUCCCGUCCGCGGUACGGCGCCGUUCGCGGCUCGUCUCGAGAAGGCGGUGUCGCGAGUCCCACACCCGGCAGCACCACCUCGCCUUCCCGUCCCGCCAACCGUCAAACAGUCAGCUACGCCUCGUACGCGACGACGAACAGCUCGACGAGCGGCGGAGGAGCAGACAAGGAGAACGUCCGUUUCUCGGCUGUCUCGAACGCUUCGAGCGGAAGUGCAGGCGCGAAUCCUGGACUGGGCUUGUCGUACCCUCGCGGUGCGCCGCCGCCUGUCGCGCCUCGGCCAGGUCUGCAGCAGCGACCAGCUCUUGGGCUCGCCAUUUCGGGCGCCAACGCGAAUGGCGGGCGCGGUGUUGGAGCUGGAGCGAGGGACACGAUGUUUGGCGACUAUGAGUUUGUUGAGCGACCGAGUAUGGACGAGCAGCAGAUGGCGGCGAUGUACAGCAUGCAGCCGAAGCUCAAGAAGAAGAAGCCGACGGUCUCGUUCGCGCCGCUCUCGCCCAGCUUGACCUCCUCCCGCUCGGGCGCCAACGAUCCUCAUGCGCCGAAGCAAAGCUGGUUCGCCGGCCUCUUCAACUGGAAGUCCCUUAGCUACACCCUUAUGUCGACCGACUACGCGCACCCCACCCGGCUUGAGUGCAAGCGCCUACUCGAAGACUUGGGCGUCGCUGUCAUGGUGCAGAACGCGGACGGCAUGGCGAUCCUCAAGUGCCGUGCGAACGAGCGAAGAGACUCGUCCUCCGUCGGCCCUGCCAAGUCGGUCAAGUUCCGCGUCGAGUUCUCGUCGCACUCGUCGUCGUCCUCUCCGCUCGCCUCUCCCUCCAUCAGCUCGUCCUCGCCCAACCCUUCCUCUUCGUCCUCCUCCAUGGCCCUGCGGCAACAGUACCCAACGCUCGUCACCCUCGUGAUGGAGAAAGGCGCGCACUCGACCUUCAAGGCGACGUACAACCGCCUCCGCUUACGGUGGUCGCUCGACGACCCGCGGUCGGUUCUCAAGGAUGGGUCGGCGCAUGCUCAGCAGCAGCACCAGCAGCAAGGCCAGAGGGAGAUGAUGAACGCUGUCAGGCUCAUCCCCAGUCCGAUGCCGAGUCCUGCGCUUGGUGGGAUGCGCUCGCCUCGACUUGCCUGA